GCAAUUCCAAUUUCACAGUCAACACCUCUAAUCAAAAUGGUAAAAGAUUUAUUCUUGUUUUUUUGUUGUUGUUAUUUCUUCAGAUAUUUUGCAGAUUGAUUAAAUGAAAAAGAAAAGUGUGGCUCUCAUCAUCUCCCACCAAAUCACACAACAAACUUUUCCUCCUCCUACUUCUUUGGAGUCAUCAUCAUCAUCUCUAAAGUCUCUCCCUUUGUAACUCAUUUUCUUCAAAGUCUCUCCCUUUCUCUGUGAUCCUUAAAACCCUUUUUCAUGGCAUCUAUCUCUAGAAUUCUGCCAACAGAUGGCAGGUUAACUCACUGCCCUUCAUGGGUUCAUGCUCCUACUAGGAAACCUCAAACUCAUUUAGAUUCUUUCAAGUUGCUUCCUGUUGAUAAAGCUGGAAUAAGUCUGAGGAUUCAGAACAGUAGUAGACCAUUAUGCUCUGUCUUUGCUCUUGAAUCAGCUUCCUCCUCCAGGAGCAGACGAGUUGCUUGCAAUGCUGCUACAGACAUGUCAGGCGAUGCACCUGAAAGUAGUACUCCUAAGGAGCUUAGCCAGUACGAGAAAACUAUUGAGCUUUUGACUACUCUUUUUCCACUUUGGGUUAUUUUGGGAACACUUGUUGGCAUCUUCAAGCCAUCUUUGGUUACAUGGUUGGAAACAGACCUAUUCACUCUAGGUCUUGGGUUUCUCAUGCUCUCCAUGGGAUUAACUCUUACCUUUGAAGAUUUCAGAAGAUGUUUACGUAAUCCUUGGACAGUAGGUGUUGGUUUUCUUGCACAGUAUAUGAUUAAGCCUUUGCUAGGUUUCCUCAUCGCAAUGACUCUUAAGCUUUCGGCACCUCUUGCUACUGGUCUUAUCCUGGUCUCAUGCUGUCCUGGAGGACAGGCUUCAAAUGUAGCAACCUACAUUUCCAAGGGGAAUGUAGCACUCUCUGUGCUCAUGACAACGUAUAUAUAUACUUCUAUUUCACAUGUUUUUUUGUUGAAUAUGGUCAGAGGCCUCUCAAUAAUAUGUUGUCUAAUUUGUAGGUGUUCAACCAUAGGAGCUAUUAUAAUGACUCCUCUUCUCACUAAGCUUCUUGCUGGCCAGCUUGUUCCCGUUGAUGCUGCUGGACUUGCUGUUAGCACUUUUCAAGUAGUGUUGGUACCUACUAUAGUUGGAGUUCUGGCUAAUGAGUUCUUUCCUAAGUUUCUGGCUAAUGAGUUCUUUCCUAAGUUUACUUAUAGAAUGUGGGAUGCAAACACUUUUAUUGUCUUUGAAAAACCACAGAGUUCAGCGCUGGGGUUCUUGCUUGCACAAAAGCAUUUCACGAAUCCUCUAGUGGCUGUUCCUUCUGCAGUUAGUGUCGUCUGUAUGGCACUCGGAGGGAGUGGUUUAGCUGUGUUCUGGAGAAACCAACCGAUUCCAAAAGAUGACAAAGAUGACUUCAAAGAGUGA